CUCCUCCUCUGAGUUACACCUGCCGCAGGUUACACAUUAAUGGAAGAACCUGAACUUCCGGCCUGAAGAAAGUCCCCGCACGCACCGUGAGGCCCGGGGUAGCAGCAGCAGCAACGGCGGCAGGGCGACAUGGACCGACACCGGUACUUCAUUUUCAACCAGAGGAGCGUGCUGGUCCUCGGCAUCCUGCAGGUGGCCUGCGCGGCUCUGUGCGUUGUGUGCGGCUUCAUGGACGCCGUUUUCCGCAAGGAGACUCCGCUGAGCUCCAGCAGGACCCCGCUGUGGGGAGCACUGAUCAUGGCCUGUCCAGGUGUGCUGGCGCUGUUCGCCUCCCAAAGGAAAAACUCUGUGCUGGUGAGCGUGAUGGUGCUGGCAGCAGGACUGUCCUGUGUGGCUGCAGGCCUCAUAUCAGUGUACUCCUGUCUCACGCUGUCGUACGGGGAGGAGGACACAGACGUCUUCCACCAUCACCACAAUCCUCAAGUGACGUUUGUCCUCCAUCGGAUGGUGAAGGGGGCCAACGCCACCAUCCUACUGACCUGCACCAUCAGCCUGGCCCUCUCCUCGCUCAUCGCCUACGUGGGCUGCCGCAGUCUCCCCGGCUGUGGGUGCUACGAUGCCAGAACAGGAUUGGAGACGCUGGUUCCUCAGUGUGACCCUGGGGACACGGAGAUGGUUUGUACAUGGCAAGCAGGGGGGGACGACAGGCUUUUCAACUCUCCUGCCCCGUCCAGUGACCGGGGCACCGCUGAGGAAGACGACGGCCCUUCCAGACUGCCUUCAUACAGCAGGCUGACCUGACCCACGUCCACAUUGGGGCCUACAAAUUUCACAGUUGUGCCUAUACAUUUCUUCAUUUGUGGAUAGACAAGAGGGAGGGACUGAGGGAAGGAAGAGUAGGAGUCCUUUGGUUGUUUGUUUCCUCUUUGACCAAAGAUUUGUGGAGCCAAACUCGUUUGCCAAAGUAGAGUACCUGAACUCACCGUAUAUGGGACGUGCCUAACUGCCUGAGUGAAAGUGUGAAAUUUGUGUUCUCAUUAUAUAAAUUCAAGACAUUUUAUUUGUGUAUUUAAUAAAUAAAAGCUGACCACAGUU